CUGAAAAUCGCGGAGAGUCAGUUAGUCGGUCUCGCGCCUCACGCGUGUGCGUGAUACGUUUACUUGUGGUUCGUUUAUCGUGUUCAGACGUGUUCCGCGUUCGCCGUGUACGUCCGCGAAAACGAAUUGACAACGUUCACCGUGACGAGAAAUUUCAUUGCAUCCGAUCCGCCGAGCCGGUGAAUACGAUCUGCAUCCGCAACGGGACGUCGCCGGUCCAUGACAAUGCCGGAAACUUAAAGGACGCUCCGAGGCGUCUGCUGCAAGACGAUGCAGAAAUGGUGACGAUCUUCAGCAUUCAUCGACCGGACGUUCGUCCUGUGGGAGAUCGAGAGCAGAAGUAAGAGAUGGCCUUUCACUGGGACAAGCUCUCGCCGGCGGAAUUUCAACAGCUCCAGGACUUGGCAGCUUAUUCCACGCGAAAGCUACAGGAUGUCCUCACCGAAUUUUGCGGUUCGGUAACAACGCCCAGCGGCGUGCCGAAAUACCAUCCGGAUGGGGAUAUUGACUACGAUGGAUUUCGCAAGUUCUUGGACACUUAUCUCGAAGUCGUGGCUCCUGACGAGCUCUCGCGACACCUUUUCCUUUCGUUCGUCAAGAGGGUGCCGCGUGGUGUCGAUGGGAAAGCUUUCAAGGAGAUGGCCGUGUUAUCGUCGACGACCGCCUGCGCCGCGAUCACAUCUCACACAACGUCGAGUAGCAACGUGAACAGCACCGGUUUACCUGGCGGAACGUCGACGGACAGCCAUGGUUCCUCCUUCGCUGACAAAAUUCAUGGGCUCACGGAGAAGCUGCAGGCUCUGGGACACCACAGAACGGAAAGCGAAGCUUCUACCAGGGCUCGCACAGGAAGCGUCCAUCCGAUACUAACGGUCCAGCACACGUCGUACAGCUGCCACGACGUCAUCGAGAAGAAGAGCACCGACAGCAGCCCUAGCCACAGCCAAAUGUCGCGGAAUUCGUCCCGGAAGUCGAACAAUUCGCUGCUCGUCAACAACGGGAAAUUGGAAGAGAUGAGACAUCUCGUCAGGAAACAAAGCACGAUAGACGUUCACUCGGUUAAAGUCAGUCUGAAGGACAUCGUGUGCUACCUGUCUCUUCUCGAAGCUGGCAGGCCAGAAGACAAACUGGAAUUCAUGUUCCGGCUGUACGAUACAGAUGGAAACGGUGUCCUUGAUACGAAUGAGAUGGACUGCAUUGUCAAUCAGAUGAUGAAUGUCGCGGAGUAUCUCGGAUGGGACGUCUCGGAAUUGAAACCGAUAUUGCAAGACAUGAUGAUGGAAAUAGACUACGACGCCGAUGGCACUGUGUCUCUGGAGGAGUGGAAGAGGGGCGGUCUCACGACGAUCCCGUUGCUGGUGCUGCUGGGACUCGAUUCCCACGUGAAGGAGGACGGGAAUCAUCUCUGGAGGCUAAAGCACUUCAGCAAGCCCGCCUAUUGCAAUCUCUGUCUGAAUAUGCUAGUCGGUCUCGGCAAGAAAGGACUUUGUUGCGUUUUUUGCAAGUAUACGGUCCACGAGAGAUGUGUACAGAGAGCGCCAGCUUCUUGCAUAGCGACGUACGUGAAAAGCAAGAAGACGUCGCAAACGAUGGCGCAUCACUGGGUCGAGGGUAAUUGUCACGGUAAAUGUUCCAAGUGCAGGAAGACCAUCAAGAGCUACAACGGUAUCACGGGCUUGCAUUGCAGAUGGUGUCAGCUGACUUUGCAUAACAGAUGCGUCUCGCAAGUGAGGACAGAAUGCACGCUCGGUGAAUACGCGGUGCAUAUUCUUCCUCCGACUGCGAUCUGUCCGAUCGUCCUGGACAGGCAGAGAUCGUUUUCCCGGGACAGUAAAAGGGGAAGCAAGCACGGCCAAGACUCGUCUUCCGUUAGCUCUACCGGGUUCUUAACUUCCGGUAACACGUCGAACCAGCAGCCAGCUAUGUCCUUCCAAAUCACGCCACCGCCGGAUAGCAUUCCCCUUCUGGUCUUCAUAAACCCGAAAUCCGGCGGCAGACAGGGCGAACGAAUGCUGAGGAAGUUCCAGUACAUAUUGAACCCGCGACAGGUUCACAACUUGGCCGUGGGCGGGCCGAUGCAAGGCCUGCAGAUGUUCAAAGACGUAGAGAACUUUAAAGUGAUCUGCUGCGGCGGCGACGGCACCGUCGGCUGGGUCUUGGAAACCAUGGAUCGCGUUCAAUUCGAACAUCAGCCGGCUGUAGGCGUCAUCCCACUUGGAACAGGCAACGAUCUCGCAAGAUGUCUGCGAUGGGGUGGUGGUUACGAGGGUGAAGCGAUUUACAAAGUCCUUAAAAAAAUAGAGAAGGCGACGCCCGUGAUGAUGGACCGCUGGCAAAUCGAAGUACUGGAUCAAAAGGACGAAAAGAAACCGAACCAAGACAGCAUACCGUACAAUAUUAUUAACAAUUACUUCUCCGUGGGCGUGGACGCCGCGAUCUGCGUCAAGUUCCACAUGGAAAGGGAGAAAAACCCAGAGAAAUUUAACAGUAGAAUGAAAAACAAACUGUGGUACUUCGAGUACGCAACCACGGAACAGUUCGCGGCCAGCUGUAAAAAUCUCCACGAGGAUCUUGAGAUCAUUUGCGAUGGAACGCCAUUGGAUCUGGCUCAUGGUCCUUCUCUCCAAGGAGUCGCAUUACUGAACAUUCCUUUUACUCACGGAGGCUCGAAUCUCUGGGGUGAGCACCAUUCGAGGCAUCGACUCGGCAAACGGAAAAAGCGACCGGAUAAGGAACUCAGCACCAGCAGCUUCAAUUCCGUGGAUCUGACGGCUGCGAUACAAGACAUUGGUGACAAUUUGAUCGAAGUGAUCGGUUUAGAGAACUGUUUGCACAUGGGUCAAGUGAAGACGGGUCUUCGCCAUUCCGGAAGAAGGCUGGCUCAGUGUAGCAGCGUCACCAUUACCACGACCAAGCGGUUCCCCAUGCAGAUCGAUGGCGAGCCGUGGAUGCAAGGCCCUUGCACUAUUCACAUAACGCAUAAGAACCAAGUCCCGAUGCUGAUGGCGCCCCCGCCGGAGAAAGGUCGGGGGUUCUUCCGUUUCCUGAAGAGGUGAACAAACCCGCGACGCGGAAACAUCCCUGAGGACCCGAAGGAACGAGUAAACAAGGAGUUCGCCGGAUCGUAGUUCUUGAACGUUGCCCCGCCCACGUUUUAUCUUUUCCCGAUUAAAGACAAGUUCAAGAGAAGCGUAUCAGUUCGCUCGUGCGUAUGUAAAACUGCAGUGCUUCAGUGCUCGUUCGAGCGUCAAUGGACGAGCUUCGAUGUAAACUCUUAGGUAUUCUUGUGUACAGUAUUUUUUGAGAACAAUAAUAAUAAAAGUGAAGGGAAACGCAUCUCUCAUCGUAGACUUAGGGUCAGCGGUAGGCUCUUGCUGAAGGGGUUCCGCGGUGCACGAUGCACGGCGAGCCGAGAGACGACAGAUAAAAGGGUUUCCGAUCGUUUUUGUAUUUCGUGUGACGCUUCCUCUGUUCCGAGUCCGAGUCUACCGCUUCGCACAGACGCAAGUACAAGCCCGGUGUAACGUCAAGCGUGUACACGCGCGGAGGAUUGCACGGUAUCAUGCAAAAGAGAAUAACCGCGUAUGUAGGUGACGAUACCUAGCCGACGUAAUUGUGACCUCUAUGAUCAUUGUUUCUCCUCGCACGACACGUAAGAAGCAAAUGUAACGAUUUCCUUUAACGCAGAGACAAGAUUGUAGUCGAAUAACUCGAGGAUGAACGGACCUCCUAGAGAAGUAUUGGGUUGAGUUACAGAUGACUUGUUCUUUUCACGUUCAUGUCAAUCCGACACCCUUUACCGUUCAAUUAUUUCUUAGUUUUCUUGUUCACCGUUUACGGCGAAAGUUGUUUCUAACUCAACGCAAUAAGGUUUGUUACAAUGGCGUAGCGUGGAAGUUAAUUUUUAUCAAUUAAGUGUUGAGUACGUCCGUUGUAUGUUAUAUACGUGUAUAUAUUUAUUUGUAGGAUAUCUUUUCGCGUUCACAGUCCGUACACCCUCGACUUACACCGCACGGUAUACAAUUCUCAGAUCGCUCCUCUUUUUUGCACGACUCCGUCCAACAAUCAAAUGAUCUUAUACUUUCCUCUCUUAACGUUAGGGAUUUUUCUACGGAAGCUUAGUCGUAACAGCUUAGACGUAACUCGUGAUCGAUUUUAUUUAUUUAUUUAUUUAUUUAUUUAUUGGUGCGAUUUAUUUAUUUAUUUUUUUAUCCAUACGCUGGAUAGCAAUAUAUUGUAAGCAUAUCAGCGAGACAAUGCACGAAUGUGCGAAGCACGUCGAUCAGUGCAAUUUUUUUAAGUAGACCGUUAAGUUUUAGUCUGUUUCUUUCUUUUUUUGUUAUCUACUGUUACCUAUUACACGCUGGCUACCCAUUACGACGUCCACGUAUAACGAUUGCAACUGUGCAAGAUGUGAAAAAGGAAACGAAAAACGUGUAAGUUUAAAUCUCGAAGGUGAUAAAAAAAUGUGGAUCUUUUUUAAUUUAAUUUUAUCUGACUGGAAUGAAAAUAGAUCCUGAUAACGAAUCAUUUCACAUUCUGUACUGCUACGUUGAACGAGUAAAGCACGAAAGUGGAUCGUAUAAUGGCUACCGUAUCCUUAGCUAUUAGGUACAAUGUAUUACUGAGUUUGAUCGAAAUCGGAUUAGCCAACGUGUUAGAUUAUAAUCAGUAUUGCAGUUUACAUCAAAUUUUCGUACGAUUCUCCUCUUCCUUUCUCUUUUGCCACCCGAGAGUUAACAAGCAUUUCGUCGCGUAGCGCGUACAAGCGCUACCGCCAUUUUGUAGUAUUCUCGUAGCCACACAACUUGUCACCGCGAGUGCUCCGAAAUGCCGUAUCUUCAUUUUCAUUUAUCCCCUUGUUGUACACCUGUUAUUCCGUCGAGAAUAAAAUGAACGAAUGAAUGUCAACUGUUGCGCAAAUUUAUGUACGACCGUUCGCAAGCAUUUUUGGAAUUUUCCGUCCGGAAGUAGCGUAUGUAAAUAAUAAACUGGUUCCCGUCAUUGUUGCUUUUAUUCAGUUAUUGCUAGACUGUGGAUGUUUAUGCGUGUUUAUAAUCUACGAAAACCACAAUUAAUGAAACAUUUGCAUUUCCUAU